GCUGCUGGUCUGUACCUUGUUAGCCGCCGCCAUCGGGUGCUCAUGCUCGCUGUUGCUCCUCUCCCCCUUCUUGACCUCUGCGCGGCGCUGUAGUCGACGCCAGCACACCCACACCGAUACUUGUUUACCCGAAGCAAUCGAACGCGCUUAGUCAUACGCCGGACUCCAUCGUAUCCGGACACUUGCAUAGUCGACCGAGCCUCUAGCACACUCGAACACCAGUACCCCACCAUGGCCUCCCUCGCCCGCCUCUCGCACGCCGCGCGCUUCUCGUCGCUGCCCUUCCUCUACCCGUGCUUCACGACCGCGCACGUACCGGUUAGGAGGGCGAUGAUGAGCGCGCUCCGCGACCUCCCGCAACACCCGCUACCGGAGACGCCAGGGAAGCAGUCGGGGAAUGGCCCCGCGCGCACGACAGAGAUCCGUGACCCAGAGCCUGCGGCGUCAUUGUCGCCCGACGCUGGUGCGCCGCAAACCGCCGCGCCUCCCCCACCAGCACCCAGGGCCGAGCGCCCCCGGCCGCAAUUGCGAGCGAAGAAGGCGGCGUUGACGAUCUCCCCCACCGCCGUCGAGCGCCUCCGCACGCUCUCCAAGUCGCCCACGCCGCAGCUCAUCCGCAUCGGCGUGCGCAACAAGGGCUGCGCGGGCAUGAGCUACCACCUCGAGUACGUCGACAAGCCGGGCCGGUUCGACGAGGUGGUGGAGCAGGACGGGGUGAGGGUGCUGAUCGACAGCAAGGCGCUGUUCAGCAUCAUCGGGAGUGAGAUGGACUGGAAGGAGGAUGCGCUGAGCUCGAAGUUCACGUUCAAGAACCCGAACGUGGUAGACGCCUGCGGGUGCGGCGAUUCCUUCUCCGUCGGCUCAUAGACCAUACCCCCGGCUCUGCCGCCUCGUAUAGCGGGAUGUCGAGAAACGUACGUUCGCGUAUCUUGGGUGCACGACGAAUGCUCGUACUCUUGGCUUGCUCGAGGUUGGCAGCGCGUAGAAGUCAAGUACCUAUACUCGUUUUGUAAUGAGGCUCCUCAGCUCAGUUCAUGUUGUAUCUACUAGUACACGAUAUAUCCUAUAUGCCUACAGUCGUUCGUGGACAUUGAGCCAGAUAUU